CCCUCAACAAAAUCAAGAACUGCACGACCGCUAAAACCCUACCGUCAUUCUUCUGAAGCCCCUCUCCUUUAUCCUCUCGGUUCACAGCGGCACCGGAGAGGAGAAACAAUGGCGAUGUCGAAGCCCAAGAAACCCCACCAAAUCCCCGAAGACCUCGAGCUCCUCAAAUCCGACGUCGCCUCCUUCGUCUCCUCCCUCGGCCUCGCCCCAUCUUCCGGCGCCUCCGGUGCCGGCUUCGACGACUCCGACUUCCGGAAAACAGGUUCCUUCAAACCCCCCAAAAGCCGAGAUCCCAAACCCUCGGCUCCCGAAAAGAUCGAUGGCGGCGAGAAGAAGAACAAGAAGGACGACUCCGAUUCCAAGCCCAAACCCAAGCCCAAGCCCCAUCCUUUGCAAAUCGAUCCGUUCGAGAACGCUAAAUAUGACAAGAACCUCCCCAUGUUGCCGUUGAUGAAGGCGAGCUUGCUGUCGGGGUACUGGUACAAUGACGCCGACGAUCUGGAGGGGAAAGUCCUGGGGCCAGAGGGGAGGAAAAAGGUCCCGUCUUUGGGGAUCGAGGAGCUGAAGAGGCUCGUUUCGAAGAAAAAGGAGGUCGCGGAGAGGUUGCUGCGGCAGUACACGCUGGACUAUGAUUCGUCGAGGAGGAAGAGCGGGGAUAUGAGGCUGCUUGAAGUGACGGCAAGGUCGGGGACAUCGGCGGAUAAGGUCUCGGCAUUCACGUGCUUGGUCGAGGACAAUCCAAUCGCGAACAUGAGGUCACUCGAUGCGCUACUAUCUAUGGUGACGUCAAGGGUAGGGAAACGCUAUGCAUUUACUGGCUUCGAAGCACUAAAGGAGUUGUUCCUGUUGAGGUUACUGCCAGAUCGCAAGUUGAAAAGCCUUUUCCAACAUCCCCUGGAUAAUUUGCCUGAAACAAAAGAUGGUUUCUCUCUUUUACUGUUUUGGUAUUGGGAGGAAUGCUUGAAGCAAAGAUAUGAACGAUUUGUUAUUGCACUCGAGGAAGCACUAAAGGAUAUGUUACCUAAUCUCAAAGACAAAGCAAUGAAGACAGUUUACACCCUUUUGAAGAGUAAAUCAGAACAAGAGCGCAGGUUGCUCACUGCUCUUGUCAAUAAACUUGGUGAUCCGGAGAGGAAAGCGGCAUCUAGUGCUGCCUAUCACUUGUCUUGCCUCUUAUCUGCACAUCCUAAUAUGAAGGCAGUGGUUAUUGAUGAGGUGGAUUCGUUUAUCUUUAGACCUCAUAUUGGAUUGCGUGCAAAAUAUCAGGCUGUUAAUUUUUUGAGUCAGAUUCUUCUUAGUAAAAAAGGAGAUGGACCUAAAAUAGCAAAACGUUUAGUUGAUGUAUAUUUCGCACUCUUUAAGGUACUGAUUUCAGAGGCUAAUGAUGGUGAAAAGAUGUGUAAAAAGGCAAAAAACAAUAGGAAAAGUGUAGAUGGAGAGGAAAAAAGCAAAAAAGUUAAAGGUAAAAUGACAAGCUCUCUUCAAAAUGGCAAAAAGGAACCAUCUCUGGGAUCUAAUGUUGAGAUGGAUUCUCGGCUUUUGUCUGCAGUCCUAACUGGAGUUAACAGAGCAUUUCCUUUUGUUUCAAGUGAUGAAGCAGAUGAUAUUGUUGAAGUUCAAACCCCAGUACUUUUCAGAUUGGUCCAUUCUGGAAAUUUCAAUAUUGGGGUUCAGGCAUUAAUGCUUCUAUAUCAGAUCACUUCCAAGAAUCAGAUUGCAAGUGACCGUUUUUAUCGUGCUUUGUAUUCAAAGCUUCUGACUCCUGCUGCCGUGACUUCAUCUAAGCCAGAAAUGUUUCUUGGAUUACUGGUCAAAGCAAUGAAAAACGAUAUAAACUUAAAGCGGGUAGCUGCCUUUUCAAAGCGCCUCAUGCAGGCAGCUCUUCAGCGCCCCCCUCAAUAUGCAUGUGGAUGCCUAUUUAUACUAUCUGAGGUUCUUAAAGCAAAGCCACCCUUGUGGACUGUGGUGCUACAAAAUGAGUCUGUUGAUGAUGAUCUUGAGCACUUCGAGGACAUCAUAGAAGGCACCGAGGAUUUGUCUAUGACACCAUCUGGAAAUUCAGCAAAUUCAGGCUGUUCCAGUGCUUCACAAGCUGGUAAAAAAUUGCAGAAUUCAAAUUAUAAGGAGGAUUAUGACUCUGAAGUCGAUGAUGGUUCAAGAAUUAAAACUGUAAGUGAUGGAAGCAAAGAAGAAGUUCAACCAUCUCAUAUGAGGUCAAAACUACCUGCAGGUUACGAUCCACGUCAUAGGGAACCCUCCUACUGCAAUGCGGACCAUGCAAGUUGGUGGGAGUUGACAAUAUUGGCUGCGCAUGUGCACCCAUCAGUAGCGACCAUGGCUCGGACAAUAUUAUCAGGAGCCAACAUUGUUUAUAAUGGUGAUCCACUAAAUGACUUGUCGCUUGGUGCCUUUCUUGAUAAGUUCAUGGAGAAGAAACCAAAACCAAACCGGAGAGCAGAAGGUACAUGGCAUGGUGGAUCUCAAAUUGCACCUGCAAGAAAGCUUGACCUGAACCAUCAUCUAAUUGGUGACGAGAUACUACAGUUGGCAGAGGAUGAAGUGCCUCCUGAGGAUGUUGUCUUCCAUAGAUUCUACAUGAACAAAACAAGCUCGUCAAAGAAACCGAAGGCAAAGAAGAAGGCCUCACAAGAUGAUGAAGAUGCAGAGGACUUUCUGGAUGCAAGUGAUGAGAGUGAGGAAGAGGAGAUUGAUAACAUGCUGGGUUCUGGGCAUCGCCCAUUGGAAGAAGCUGAUGGAGAAUAUGACUAUGAUGAUCUCGACAGAGUUGCUGAUGAGGAGGAUGAUGACUUACUUGGAGAUGGGAGUGAUGCAGAGGCUGGUUCACCUCCCGAUCUUGCUGCGAGAAAGCAUGAUGAAGGUAGUGCUAGCGACGACGAAGACGACGACGAUGAUAGUCUUGAUAUCAUGGAUAGCAUUGCUGAAGAAGGUGGUGAUGUUGAUGUUGAUGAUGCUGUUAUUGGUGGUGGGAGUGAUGAAGAGGAAUCCAGUCAGGCUGCUAAGACAGAGAAGGGAAAGAAAAGGAAGUUCAAUAGGACGAAUCGAGCAUCACCAUUUGCAAAUUUGGAGGAGUACGAACAUCUGAUGAACGACAACAUGGACACAACAAAAAUUUCUAGACCACAUAAGAGAAAGAAGAAGACAUCCAAUUGAAAGAACUUUUCCAUUGGGUUUUCCUCCUUGUAAUCUGUAUUUUAUCGAGGACACAGGCCUUAAGAAAAUUUUGUAACCUUAGUUAUUAUAAUUUAAGGGAGGUUUUGCCAUUGCUAUUAUUUUGAAUCA